AACUCAUCCUUGUCUUCGUUGUGGGUAUGGUCAGCAAAUCGGUAGCUUAAUUCCACUACUCUUCUUUAUCAUUGACCUCUGAUAACUUGACAACUCCAGCAUCGGAUCAUCAUCAUGCUGUUCACAGCAACGAUCCCCUUCCUCAUCCACGCUCUCAUUGAAACCCCAGCUGCCUUGACCUUCAUCCUGAAACCCUCCUCACAACUUCAACCGCUUCCUCCAUCGGCAGCUCUGAUUCUUCAGUCAUUCGGUGGCCUUCUUCUCACAAGUAACCUCAUUGCUCUCAUCUUUAUCCGGCGGCCGUUUGAUGACGCAACUCGUCAAGCUGCGCUCGCCUUUUCCUUCUGGCAUUUAUGGCCUAGUUAUCGAGCUUAUAUGCGAAUGAAUGGCUAUACAGAGGAGGAGGAAGCUUCAACAACCAAGACAUUAGGAGGACCACUGGUGCACCUAGGAGUUCACAUUGUUUUGUUGACCAUGUUUCUUUGUACCUGGUAUUUUGGUAAUGCUUAAGCAACAGUCUAUGACAUCUACAAUUACAACUUUUUUCGUGUCCCCCUUUAGUUUCUAAACAGCCGGAGUCCUGCCUC